CAAGAUGUGGCUUUGUCAUCUUAGUCAUGGCCGCCUUCUGGAUGACGGAAGUCAUCCCUCUGGCUGUCACGGCGGUCAUCCCCGUCUUUGCGUUUCCUCUGCUCGGUAUCCUCUCCACGGACGACGUCUGCCUGGUCUACAUGAAGGAGACGAACAUGAUGUUCCUUGGGGGCCUGGCCGUCGCCAUUGCUAUUGAGCAUUGCAAUCUUCAUCAGAGAAUUGCUCUUUUAGUUAUUCUACGUGUCGGCCAAAGCCCUCGGCGCCUGAUGACAGGAUUCAUGCUGACCACCAUGUUCCUCUCCAUGUGGAUCUCUAACACGGCUUCCACCGCCAUGAUGGUUCCAGUUGUUGAAGCCAUAAUAGUGGAACUACAGCUGUCACACAGAGGAGAGGAUAGCGGUGUUCCUUCAGAAGCUUUCUCUUCAGGUGACGUCCAACGAGAACAGGUGGAAAUGGAAUCAAACCGUAUUUCCAGCGAUAUCUCCAAUACGUCAACGGAGAAGUUCAGCGGCGGAGUCACAAACGACGCUUUUGUAAGAGAAGAGACCAAUGGCGGUGAAAAUACAGACACGACACCCGGCAGAGACCAGAAUACCAGACAAGGCCAGGGGGCCAGCAGUACUCUUCUUGACGCCAAGCAUCUUGCCCUGAGGGACAUGUGUUUAAUGGCAACAGCAUACUCUGCUAAUAUUGGAGGCACAGGUUCACUAACUGGAACUGGCCCCAAUAUGGUAGUCAAGUCGGUUCUGGAGAGUUCCUUUAGCGAGCCGUCUGGACUCAAUUUUGCCACGUGGAUGGCAUUCAACAUACCAGGCAUGAUUCUCUGCGUCAUUCUGGCUUGGGUUUGGCUGCAGAUCCUCUACAUGGGCCUCGGAUGUAAAACCGGUACCGUCCAGAAGACCAGCGCCGAGAGCGAGGCUGCCGUCAAGCAUCUCAUUUCCCGAAAGUACCGAGACCUGGGCCCUAUGACCCACCAGGAGAAAACGGUGACUCUGCUCUUCGUCGCGCUGGUGGUGCUGUGGUUCUUCGAGAAGCCCGAGUUCAUCCCUGGAUGGGCGACCUGGAUCUCCAGUUUCUUUGAGAAGAAAGUCAAAAUUGGCGGCGCAACACCUGCCCUGGCGGUCACCUUCCUCCUUUUUGUCCUUCCUGCACAACCCACAUUCUGGUGCUCUGGUGGCCUCAAAUGUAGCGGACCCAUGAAGGCAUCGCCAGCCUGCAUUGCGUGGGAAGUGAUCCACCAGAAGAUGCCCUGGAAUCUCAUGUUCCUGCUGGGUGGCGGCUUCGCUCUGGCCAAGGGCUCCUCUACUUCUGGGUUGUCCUCCUGGUUAGGAUCUCAGCUCGUGGCUCUCCAGGUCAUGCCCAAGGAAGCCAUAGUUUUCAUUGUCAGUCUCAUGACAGCAAUGGCCACCGAAGUCGCCUCGAACACGGCAACGGCCUCCAUCAUUUUGCCUGUGCUGAAGGAGAUGGCCCUGAAUAUGAAGGUAAACCCGCUCUACCUGAUGCUACCUGCAGCCGUGUGCUGUUCCUACGCCUUCAUGCUUCCAGUGGCAACACCUCCGAAUGCUAUCGUCUUCAAUGCUGCCCAGAUGAGCAACUUUGAUAUGAUGAAGGCUGGUGUGGUUAUGAACAUCAUAUGUGUAAUUGUUAUUACAGUCAUGAUCAACUCGAUUGGUAUUCCCAUGUUUGAUCUUCACAGCAUGCCUGCUUGGACCAAUUCUACAACUGUGUAAUCAUACAUCACAAUGGUGGGAGGUUCUGUGAAUUUAGAGCAGAUUAGAUGAAAUGUAUAAUUGUAAAACAUCAUGGUGGAA